AUGAGCUUCGCUAUCGAAGUUCCCGGCGAUGCGAACCCGCUGUCUCUGCAAUCGCUUUAUCAGACGUUGCUGGCCGCUGGUUCGACCACCAAUAGUGCGCAACGCCUGACGGCAGGGCAACAAUUAGCAUCGUGGGAGCUCCAGCCAGGCUACUACUCUUCGUUGCAGGCUGUUUACCUCGACAAGUCCCUUGCCUACGAAGCCCGGUUUCUUGCCAUUAUUCAGCUUAAAAAUGGAAUCGAUCGGUAUUGGCGGUUAUUUAACCAAGUCAAGAACAGCAUAAAACCAGACGAGAAAAGCUUAAUACGCUCACGACUGUUCGAAGGAUCCAUUGAGGAAGAACAUACCAGCCUUGCCCUACACAAUGCUCUUGUGGUCGCAAAAAUCGUUAGGAUCGAUUAUCCUGGCGAGUGGCCAGAUGCUAUGGGAAAUAUUAUUGAGCUCCUUCGUUCAACCCGAGAUGGCAACCCAAAACAUCUCCAUGGCAUCCUCGAGAUUCUUCUUCGAGUAGUGAAGGAACUUGGAACAGCACGAAUGCGAAAGAACCAGACCGCUCUACAAUCUGUCACCCCUGAAAUCGUUCAUGUAUUGUCAGAGAUCUACUCCGAAAAAUCACAGGCCUGGAUGGGCUUUCUCACGGGUGGACCCGGAGGCGAAGAAGAGGUCAAUUUGGCUAUGCAAAACAGCUUGCUUGCACUCAGAAUUCUUCGUCGGCUUGUCAUUAUGGGCUACGAGCGACCCCACAGUGAUAACACCGUUGAGCAGUUCUGGACUUUGUCACAGAACCAGUUCGGGCAGCUACUCAACUUUGUUAGCCACGACUCGGCUGUUCCAACAAAUUACCAGGAUAUCGUUGGCAAGCACCUUCUUCAGUUUACAAAGCUACACAUUGACAUGGCGGACCAACAUGCCGCCAGCUUUGUGUUCCUCCCCAACUCCAUUCCUCUAGUUUUAUCGUACUGGGAACUUGUUGCAAAAUUUGCGGAAGUAUUUGACCAAUCUGGUGGUAUCCGGCAAGGGCCUUCAGAGGCCGGAUCGGCAAAGUCCAAGGUUGAGGGCCCUGUGUUGGAGAGAUUGGCUCUCAAGGGACUUCUUCUUCUCAGGUCCUGCGUUCGAAUAGCAUUCCAACAUGUUCAGACAUUCAGAUGGAGAAGCCCAGAGACAAAAGCAGAGCAGGAGAAAGCCAAGACUCUCGUCAAGUCGGAACUCUUGAAACCUGAUCUAGUCAUACAAAUUGUGAACUCAAUCAUUACCCACCUUUUUGUGUUCCGUAAGUCGGAUCUUGAAGGUUGGGAAGAAGAUCCAGAGGAGUGGGAACAACAGGAGCAAAGCGAAGGAAAUGCUUAUGAGUGGGAAGUGCGGCCUUGCGCCGAGAAACUGUUCCUUGAUCUCCUCACAAAUUACAAGGAGUUACUGAUUCCUCCCCUGCUGUCCUAUUUCCAGACAGCACAAAGCCCUCAGGCGGACAUUGCUACCAAAGAAGCCGUAUAUACUGCAAUGGGCCUUGCAGCUGCUCAUGUUCAUCAAGUAUUUGACUUUGAUGGUGUUCUAGCCUCAACAAUCGUCAAUGAUGCCCAGCUACAGGGUGGUCUUUGCCAGGUCCUGCGACGACGGAUUGCCAUUCUCGUAAGUCAGUGGGCGCCUGUCAAACUGGAUGAUUCCAGCCGACCUAUCGUCUACCAAAUUUAUCGACAUUUCCUCAACCCGGAAGAUGAGACCAACGAUGUGGUUGUGAGAAUCACUGCGGCUAGACAACUGCGCUGGAUUGCUGAUGAGCUCGACUUCAAUGUUGAUGCCUUCCUACCAUACACAUCUGAUGUUCUAUCACAACUCAUCAACCUCGUUCAGGGUGUUGAGGUGGACGAAACUAAGCUGGCAAUUCUUGAGUCUAUCCGCAUCCUAGUGACACGAAUGGAGGAACAAGUCUCACAAUUCGGAGACCAACUCAUGUCCGCUCUUCCCACAGUGUGGGAAAAGUCAGGGGCUGAAGAGUAUAUGAUUAAGCAGGCAGUCACAUCCAUCUUUGCAGCCUUGGUCAUGAGCAUGGGUCCUGACUCUCAGCGUUAUCAGCAUUUCAUGCUACCGUUACUAUCAGAGGCAGCUCGCCGAGGGUCGGACCUACAUCUUCAUCUAAUCGACGAAUCCUUGGAGUUGUGGAAUAAUAUCCUGAUGCAGAGCUAUGCUCCCUUGGCCUCUGAGUUGAUUAACUUGGCUGAGCUUGCCCUCCCACUUCUCGAAUACGAUAGCGAGACUGCUUCUUUAGCCCUCACUGCUGUCGAGUCAUACAUUCUUCUAGCACCUGGCUCUAUACUGGAAGAUCGGCUGCGCCGCCCUACAUUGAGCGCUUUGUCUAAUAUUUUGGAUUCCAAGAGCCGAGAACAAGUCCGUUUGGGAACAAAUUGUGUUGAGAACCUCAUCCGAGCCGCUGUAGAGCUUGGCGGCUCGAGCGGCGUUGAAGUUAUCUUGACUGAUAUGGUUGAGAUUGGCUUCAUGAACAAGCUCCUUGGAAACCUUCACGACGCUUGGGAAUCACACCAGACCACAGGUCCCAAUCGAAAGGUCAGCAAGCUCAGCACUAUUACUGAGACGGACUAUUUUGCAAUCCUAGGACGCCUUGCUCUUUCUGAACCCACACUUUUCACCCAAAUGCUGACCAAUAUGGGCUCUCUGGACCAGGUCUGGGCCUGGCUAUCGUCUGAAUGGUUCUCGCAUAUAUCGGGUAUGGACCACAUUGAGCGACAGAAGCUUUAUCUUCUGGGACUUACAAGACUACUGGAACUACAGUCUCCCGUGCAAGAGCUGGUCUUGAGUAAGCUCCAGGACUACUUUGACAUGUGGAUCAACGUGAUUUCCGAGCUGCAGGACGGCGUCGCGAACGGCAGUGAUACUCUGAUUUGGGGUCCUUUGGAGCCCAGCGAAUAUGAUACCCCCAAGAUCGUCGCAGAUCGCAACAUGCAUGGCAAGGAUCCGGUGCACACUGUUCAUGCGUUCGAGUUUGUCAAGAUACGCCUGCAGGAUUUGGUAAACAGAGUUGGAGGCGAGCAGGCUUUCCAGGAGCAGUGGGCAGUCAAUGUUGACAAAGAGGUGCUGGACAAGUUCCAGCUUAUGGCGUCCGGGGUGCAGCAGCAGCAGCAGCAGCAGCAGCAGCAGCAGCAACAGUAG